AUGGGUCAAAUUCUCGGCACAUGGAAAACACGGCACAUUGAUCUAAAUCAAGAUGAUAAACCCACUUUUGAUAGCUCCGAUGGUUUCACAUAUAAUAGAGCUCAACGCAAAAUGGUAGCUUGUGAAGAACAUCUUGUUUCUGCUCGUAUUCCAGUUAAAUAUCGAGACUACUGCGCACACCUUCUUUUGGAUUAUCAAGUAUGCCGAUACAAGAAAAUGCCUUUCGUUCAUUUAUGCCAUCACGAGAAACAUGCAUAUUUGAACUGUGAACAAGCAGACUACGUUUUAAGGAUGAAAGAAUUUGAGAGAGAACGGAGGUUGAGAGAGAGAGAAUUAAGAGUACGGAAUAUAGAGAUUGAGCCUGAGCAUGAUCCUCAGUGUACUGGUUAA